AUGGCGGAGGUGGAGCGAGGCAUGCAUGAGAGGAAGGCUGAGUUGGUGGGGGAGCGCGACAAGCUCCAUGAGAAGGCGGAUGGACUCCGCAAUAAGUCGCGCAUGGUGUCGAAAGAGUUCAAGAGGGCACGGAAGUCGAAGGAGCAAUACAAGAAGGAACUAAAGGCGUCCCAAGCCGCUCCCGCUCCGCUUCUUCCUCUUACCUGCCGCAAUCUUCUCCCAGCAAUCUACACAUUUCUCAUCAUCCUCUACUUCUAA